CCAGUAUUUGUUUAUCGAACCAAAGUCAUUUUCCUCUCUUUGACGAAAGGGGGAAGAGAGGGCGAGAGCGAUUAAAACCCUAAUUACACCCUUCUCGUCAAUUAGAUCGAUUCCUCUCUCUCAGUCCAGUUGAAUGGGAGCCUCCUCAGGUGCAAACUUCAACCAUCAGCCACCACCUAAAAUGCUACCUCCACGGCAGCACCCAAGACCUUCUGGUCUGCAGACUUCUCUGUCCCUAGCUUCUUCUGAUGCUGCCGAACCCUUAUCCCAAGGUCACGACUCACCUACUGAUAGCACUAGCUCACGGGAAACCUGGCCCAUUGAGAACAACCACUCCAAUUCCAUUAUUGUGAAGAAAUUGGACAAAGAAAAGGAAGGGGAAAACGAAUUCCCUGAACAUCAAGUUAUUCGCAGGGUCUCUUCUGUAAAUAAGUUAUCCCUUCGCGAAGUAGCUCGUGAAAGAAUUGAGGUGAUUUCUGAUAGAAUGAUGGUUAUGCCCAUUGAGAUCUUGGAUGAGCUUAAGAGCGAGCUCCGGGUGAUUCUUGAAGGUUCUGGAGGAUCUCAGAAUAGGGAGGAGUUUUUAAAUCUCCAGCACCUGGUCCAUGGUAGAACUGACUUGACGGAGAAAAGUCUUGUCAAAGCUCAUAGAGCACAACUUGAAAUAUUAGUUGCGAUCAAUACAGGAAUUCAAGCUUUCCUUCAUCCAAACAUUAGCCUUCCUCAGAGUCGCCUUAUUGAGAUUUUCCUGUAUAAGAGGUGUAGGAACAUUGCGUGUCAGAGUCCUCUCCCUGCCGACGAGUGUAGCUGCGAGAUUUGUACUAAUAGAAAUGGUUUCUGCAAUCAGUGCAUGUGUGGAAUCUGUAAUAAGUUUGAUUUUGAGGUCAAUACUUGCCGUUGGAUUGGUUGUGACGUGUGUGCUCACUGGACUCACACAGAUUGUGCAAUGCAUGUGGGUCGGAUUGGGAUGGGUCAGACUGCUAAAGGUGUGGCUGGCCAUGCUGAGAUGCUCUUCAGGUGUCAAGCUUGUAACAGGACCUCUGAGUUACUGGGUUGGGUUAAAGAUGUGUUUCAACAUUGCGCUCAUGGAUGGGACAGGGAAUCCUUGAUUAGAGAACUUGAACUUGUCACUAAAAUCUUUCGUCUAAGUGAGGACCCAAAAGGUAGGAAAUUGUAUUGGAAGUGUGGGGAUCUCAUUGAAAAGAUGAAGAGUGGUGCCACAACUUCUACGGUUUGCAGGAUGCUGAUGCUGCUAUUCCAAGAACUCGAAAUAGACUCUACAAAGAACCUCACUGAAACCGAGGACCCCAGUCACCUAAUCGCCCCACAAGAAGCCUGCAACAAGAUCGCAGAGGUCGUUCAAGAAGCCGUGAGAAAAAUGGAGAUAGUGGCAGAGGAAAAACUCCGAAUGUUCAAGAGGGCUCGCCUAUCUCUAGAAGCUUGUGACCGUGAGCUCGAGGAUAAAGCCCGAGAGGUAGCAGAACUCAAAAUAGAAAGACAGAGGAAAAAACAACAAGUAGAAGAACUCGAAAGCAUCGUGAGAUUAAAACAGGCCGAGGCUGAAAUGUUCCAGUUGAAAGCCACUGAGGCUAGGCAAGAGGCUGAGAGGCUUCAGACUAUAGUACUUGCUAAGUCUGAGAAAGCUGCAGCUGAGCAGGAUUACGCUAGUUUGUAUCUUAAGCGUAGGUUAGAUGAGGCUGAGGCUGAGAAGCAGUAUUUAUUCGAGAAGAUUAAGCUUCAGGAGAGCCAGAGACCUCCUCAGGUUGGGAGUAGUAGCGGAGGAGUUGGUGGUGGUGAUUCGUCACAGAUGCUUAUGUGUAAGAUUCAGGAUUUGAUAAAGAAUGUGUAUAAUCCGUCACCAAAGUCUGAUGGACAACAGAGAUCAAAGUGAUUGCUGUGAUAUCGAUAAGCAUAUUGAAGAGGUACAUGAGAGGUAAUGUUUAUCCUUUUCCGUGUUUUUAAGAUGAACUUGAGUAGUGUUUAUGUAUUUUGAUGAUUUGCUAAUGUUGGGUGUGUGAAUGUUAGUUCUAGUUGUUCCAUUCGAAUAUAACUUUUUGCAUGGUGUUUAAUAUGGUUGUGUGUUGGGCGCUU